AUGCCGAAAAGAAGCACCGUGCUGGAAUACCUGUUGCUUGCCUCAUUCAUCACCUCCACACUGUGCGCCUCGACUGCUGGAUUGCGCGGCCAGACCCGUGUGGUUCCCAGUAAUAAGAACGAAAACAGCUGGUUCAGUGGUGAGCUGAGUGUGCUGCAGAAGGUCUACGAUGACUGCCAGGAUAAGCAAGAUUUCACCGACUGCCUCAAAGGCAAAGCCUUAACAGCCCUGUCGCGCGCUAUUGACAUGGAAUCGGUUCAAUUAGUCGACGGAGUGUCACUGGUCAAGCAGAAGGUCGCCGAAAAUGAGAGCAUUCCACUGAUAACUGAUGCCCGAGCAUUAAGCGGACUUAGCGAGAUCGAUCGCUCUAUACUAUCUAAGGUGAACAAGUUCUUCCAGACGCAUUCAUUGCGUUUGGAUAUGCAGAAACCAGGAGAAGCUGCUCGUGGCAACAAGAACAACAAGCACCACCGCUACCUGAUCGCUGCUUUCCUGACUGCCAUGGGAAUCGCCGGUCCAAUCGGUUUGAAGGUUCUGGCCGCAGUUGCUGGAAAAGCUCUGGUAAUUUCGAAGGUUGCCCUAACCAUUGCUGGAAUUAUCGCUCUGAAGAAGAUUUUUGCUCAUGAUCAUCACGAAGAAACCAGCUUCCAGGUUCACGCUGGACAUGAUAACAGACGAACUGCGUACGUCGUUCGUAAUCCAGCCAAGAUGACCGCCAGCGUCGAUCCCUAUCGGUAUUACUAUGAACAGCAGCAGCAGCAGCAGCAACAACCACAGUAUGGCACCGUCUAA